ACACGUGAAUGCGCGUGGAGAGAAAACAGAUUCGCGUGAAGCUCGAUAAAUAGUUUAAACUUUUAACUAUUUUAAUCUUUAAAUCUUUAAUCUUUGUUUUCCCGCCAUGUUGGAGCAGCUGGGUUUGAUCGGGACGCUGCGAGACGAAGAUCAGAGUCCAGAAGAACCGGACUCCGAUUCUGAUCCAGAGGAGCAGCCGAUCGUCCUGAACAGGAAGAAGAAGUUCGGAUCUCAAACUCGCAGCGCGAAAGAUUUCAACACAGAGUUCGAGUUCGCAGAACGAGACGGAACCCCGAACGAUGACUGGGUGAUGGCCGACGUCCUGAAGCAGCUGAAGAACCGGAAAACUCGAACGACUCUUGACCAGAAAAUCGAUAAAAUCAGGAAGAAGAGGAAAGCAGAGGAGAAAUCAGCUCAGACUGAGGCUGCAGGAGGUUCUGCAGAAAAGAUGGAGGACGAGGAUGAAGAGGAAGAUACGAAGCCAGCUGCAGAAGAACUUGAUGAUGAUGAUGAUGAUGAUAAGGAGGAGGAGGAGGAGGAUGAAGAUGAGUUUGAUUCGGGUGAUGAGGAGAUUCUGACCAAAUCAGACACGCUGAGAGACAAGGAGCGCCGAGGCAGGAAGAGGAAGUCUGGAGAGGAGGCUCCGGAGUCUUUCUACGAAGACGCGUCUCAGUACGACGACAAGCUCACCUUCGAUGAAAUGAACCUGAGCAGACCCAUCCUGAAGGCCGUCACCGCUCUGGGCUUCAAGCAGCCGACUCCCAUCCAGAAGGCCUGUAUCCCCAUCGGGCUGCUGGGCCGAGACCUCUGCGCUUGUGCUGCUACUGGAACAGGAAAGACGGCCGCCUUCAUUCUGCCGGUGUUGGAGCGUUUGGUGUAUAAGCCCAGGACGAUGCAGGUUACCCGGGUCCUGGUUCUGGUUCCUACCAGGGAGUUGGGGAUCCAGGUUCACUCUGUGGCCCGUCAGCUGGCACAGUUCACGUCGAUCACCACCUGCCUGACUGUUGGUGGUUUGGACCUGAAGUCUCAGGAGGCUGCAUUGAGGGCGGGACCAGACGUCCUGAUUGCCACACCUGGGCGGCUGAUUGAUCACCUUCACAACACGCCGAGCUUCGAGCUGACACACAUCGAGAUCCUGAUCCUGGACGAGGCUGACAGGAUGUUGGAUGAGUACUUUGAAGAACAGAUGAAGGAGAUCAUCAGGUUGUGUUCUUACAACAGACAGACCAUGUUGUUCUCUGCCACCAUGACAGAGGAGGUGAAGGACCUGGCAGCAGUCUCGCUGAAGCAGCCAAUCAGGAUCUUUGUUAACAGCAACACUGAUGUGGCUCCGUACCUACGACAGGAGUUUGUUAGAAUCCGACCAAACAGAGAGGGAGACCGUGAGGCCGUGGUGGCUGCUCUGCUGACUCGGACCUUCCAGGAUCACGUGAUGUGUUUCACUCAGACGAGGAAACAAGCUCAUAGACUGCACAUCCUGCUGGGCCUGAUGGGACUGAAGGUGGGGGAACUGCAUGGAGAACUGAGCCAGAACCAGAGACUGGAGAACCUCAGGCGUUUUAAAGACGAACAGAUUGAUAUCUUGGUGGCAACAGAUGUAGCAGCGAGAGGUCUGGACAUCGAUGGAGUUAAAACAGUGAUAAACUUCACGAUGCCAUCGACAGUGAAGCACUACGUUCACCGUGUCGGCCGGACAGCGAGAGCGGGUCGUUCUGGACGUUCCGUGUCGCUGGUCGGAGAGUCUGAGAGGAAAAUGCUGAAAGAUGUCGUGAAGUCAGCCAAGAACAGCGUGAAGGCUCGAGUGCUGCCGCCAGAUGUCAUCCUGAAGUUCAGAGAUCUGAUCACCAAACUGGAGAAAGAUGUUGAAGCUGUGGUGAAGCUGGAGAGAGAAGAGAGAGAACUGGCUGCCUCUGAGGCCAAGCUGAGUGUGGCUCAGAAGCGUCUCGAUGGCUCCGCCUCCUGUGACUCACAGCGAGUUUGGUUUCAGACUCAACAGGAAAGGAAACAAAGCCGCG